AUGAAGGACGACGCUCUCUCGACGACGGCGGCACGAACACACCGAACAGACUCGAUGGUCACACCCUACCGCCACUGUCAGACGGCUGAUGAUCAGCCCAGCCUGUUUUCCCCCGUCAGGAACCUGAUCGUGGAGGAGAAGAGUUUCGGGCCCUGUGAGGAGCUCAGGUACGGACGCUUCUCCUUCAAAGGCUUCAACCCAGAAGUGGAGAAACUGAUGCUGUUGAUGAAUCCCAGAGAUGAGACGGAGACGAAAGACGAGGAAGACGUCAGCCGCAUGCAGACAGACGUCACAGAUGAAGAGAUGGCUCUCAGGUACGAGAGUUUGGUGGAAAGCAUGAAGAAGAAGUUUGCAAAAAAGCGCGAGAGAGCGGCGCCAGAAGAAGAAGAAGACGUGAACCACAACGCCGUGGAAACGACCACGAAGAGGAAGUUCCUGAAGCCGCAGGACUGAAGGACUCUGCUCAUUGGAUGGUUUUUAGAGGGUUUUAAGGCUGCUUGGAUGUUAUACAUCCUGUUUUAUAGAGAGGUGUAUCUUUGACAUGACUCAGCGCUUUUACAGUCUGUGCUGCAG